UCGGUUUUGUCGCGCCGACAGUGUGCGCCGUAUCCUCGACCGUACCACACGACGACGACGACGACACUGCCGCUUAGAAGAAACACGGUUAUAAUAAUAUCGUUUUAGCGGCUAUCACGAGUACAGCAAACACUAAUAGUUGAUUGCAAGUUUCGUUUUUCUUGAUCACGUUUACCUAAAUAGUACGGAAUAUACGACUACUCCGAGUGGGCUACAAUUCAUCUUUUUUGCAAGUCGUACAACGAUGACCCAAAGCUGAUCCACUAUAUUCAGCCGAACAACCAACACGUGCAUUCAUCUCGACUGAUCACGAUGAGGUUCUCGCUGAAUGUCACGUAAGACAUUUACUCAAGAUCACCGCUGUCCCGUAAAUCAAUCAACUAAGUUCAAAUGAAAUACAAGUUCAAUGUCCAUGAAGCUGCUGACGAACCGAUGGACGGCGACGCGACAUACGCGACUCGGAGGAAGACCCUCAGGGUGUCCUGGACUUUGUUGACGUCAUCGUUCGCAUUCAUUGUGCUAUUAUGUGCACUGUGCCUGUUCUUCUUCUUCCACCCGCAAACGUGUAGUCAGAUAUCUGGUAACCCACGAUUUGGGUCCACCGAGACGAUAUUAGACGAGAUACGUGGUUUUGAUUAUGAGAGGCUGGAGAACGAGUACGGCAAUACGAACGUCCGGUUACCGGCGGAAGUGGUGCCGGAUUCGUAUGACCUACGAAUAAUACCGUUCCUAUGGGCUGGAAACUCGACGUUCGACGGCCAGGUACACAUUGUCGUCAACGCAACGGCCCCCGUGGACAGUGUAACACUGCACGCCGUUGACUUGAAUAUGACAGAAUGUCUCGUUACCAGGUAUCCAAAAAUGGUACUAAAUGAACACGUGAUGGCUGAGAGUGUUUUUGUUCCUAUUCAAGAAACACAACAAGAUCUUUCUAAACAGUUUUUUAUUAUAAAGUUCAAAGAUACACAGCCAGCUGAUCAUCAGUACAACAUUCACAUAAAAUACACAGGAAAACUUCAAGACAACAUGGAAGGAUUUUAUAAAAGUUCUUACAACGUAGGAAAUACAACUAGGUGGAUAGCUGCUACACAAUUUCAGCCAACCGACGCAAGAAAAGCAUUCCCUUGUUUUGACGAACCUGCUUUAAAAGCUAAAUUUACCGUGUCAAUUGCAAGACCCGGACAUAUGAGUUCUAUAUCCAACACCGGGCUUAAAUAUGUGGACAAUAAAUUACCAACAUUAUCAGAAUCUUUAGAGUCUUAUGAAUGGGACACAUUUGAACAAACAGUACCAAUGUCUACUUAUUUAGUGGCAUUCAUUAUUUCUGAUUUUGAAUAUUUAUCCUCGGAAACAUUCAGAGUAUGGGCUAGAAGUGAUGUGUUAUCACAUACCCACUAUGCUCGAGACAUCGGCCCAAGCAUAUUAAAGUUUUAUGAAGAAUUCUUUUCCAUUCCUUAUCCGUUGAAAAAAACCGAUCUAGUAGCACUUCCAGAUUUUGCAGCUGGAGCAAUGGAGAACUGGGGAUUAGUAACGUUUCGGGAAAUAGCUAUGUUGUACAAUGAAGGCGUUUCGCCUAAUUCUCAAAAAGAACGAGUAGCGACGGUGAUAGCUCAUGAAUUGGCACAUCAAUGGUUUGGAAAUUUAGUAACACCAGAUUGGUGGUCAGAUUUAUGGUUAAAUGAAGGUUUUGCCACUUACAUUGAAUACGUAGGGGUAGACCAUGUAGAGCCUAAGUGGAAAAUGGAGGAACAAUUUAUUUCCAGUGGUAUACAGAGCGUAUUUUUAAUGGAUUCAUUGAAAUCUACACAUCCGAUUUCAGCGCGUGUGUCGAGGCCGGAGGAAAUUAAUGAAUUGUUUGAUCGCAUUUCCUACGAUAAAGGAGCUUCUGUAAUUCGAAUGAUGGAUCACUUUCUUACACGGCAAGUGUUCCGGAAAGGCUUAACCAAAUAUUUAAAUGCAAAAGCAUAUAAGAGCGCAUAUCAUAAUGAUUUGUGGGAUGCUUUAACCGAACAGGCACAAGCCGAUCGUGUUAUGGACAAUACAUUGACUGUAAAGGAUGUCAUGGAUACAUGGAUACUACAACCAGGAUUUCCAGUUGUAAAUGUUACACGAAAUUAUGAAAUGGAUACACUAAUCGUUUCGCAGAGUCGUUUUCUUCUUCAUGAUACUAAAAACGUUUAUAAAAGUGAUCAACCAAAUAAUCUUUGGUGGAUACCACUUACGUACACAACAUCAUCAAAAUUGGAUUUUUCAGUUACAAAACCAAGUUAUUGGUUUAAGCCCGAAGAAUUCAUGGUGAUAACUGAAAUAGGGAUACCUUCCAAUGAUUGGGUGUUGUUUAAUAUAAACGAAACUGGAUUUUAUAGAGUAAACUAUGAUUCAAAAAAUUGGAAGAUGCUAAUCGAAUAUUUAACUGAUCCAGAAAUGUAUUUUAAUAUUGGAACAAUUAAUCGAGCACAAUUAAUAGAUGACGCGAUGUCUUUAUCAAGAGCUGGAUAUUUGAGUUACCAAACCUCUCUCGAUUUAACUAAAUAUCUUUACCACGAGACUGAGUAUGUGCCGUGGAAAUCUGCGUAUAGGUCUUUUACCUAUUUACAUCAAAUGCUCAUCAAAACAUCCAUUUACGACAAAUUAAAAGCAUAUGUGUUACACUUAAUAUCCCCUAUGUAUAAAAUAACCGGGUUUGCAGAUAAUCCGAGAGAUGAUCAAUUAGUUAUUUACAAAAGAUUUAACUUGUUAUCAUGCGCUUGUGAAUUAGGACAUACUGAUUGCGUUCGAAAUGCAGUGGCUCAGUUUCAAAAUUGGAAAUCAAAUCCUCAACCAGAAAAGAACAACCCAAUUUCGCCAAAUCUAAAAGCAAUAAUAUAUUGUACGGCCAUUAGUUAUGGAAGUGAAGAAGAAUGGGAUUUUGCAUGGAAAAUGUAUAAAAUGACUACAGUAGCUUCUGAAAAAGAUUUAUUGCUAGACGCUCUGGGUUGUAGUAGGGAAACAUGGAUUUUAGCCAGAUUUCUCAGUUAUGCCCUGCAAAACAAUUCUUCCAUUAGAAAUCAGGAUAUCAGUAAAGUAUUUUAUGCUUUAACCAAUAAAGUUGCCGGGCAAGAAGUGGCGUGGAAUUAUGUGCGCGAUAACUGGCGCAAUCUUAAAUCAACUUUUGCGGCUGGUUUUUCUACAAUGAGCGAGAUUAUAAAAUCGGCCACAUACCAUUUCAAUACUAAAAACGAUUUGAUACAACUAUGGCAGUUUUAUAAAGACGAAUAUGAACACUUGGGAUCAGCUAGAAGGAGCGUAUUGCAAUCAAUUGAAAAUGCAGAAGCAAAUGUAAAUUGGAUGGAAAGAAAUUUUAAAACAAUUAGCAAUUGGCUACAAAACACCACGCUAUACUUAUCCCAAUUUACCAACGAAGUGGAUUAGAUAGUAAUAAAUUAUUACUUUAUGUGGGAUGUAUAUAUAAUAUAAGUAGAAUAUAGGUACUAACGAUUAAGCUAAAAUUAUUUCUUGACACUUUUGUGUCAUUUUUGCUAAAGAUUGUCUUAUAAAGACUGUUUUUAUUUUUUAAAUUACUGCUAAAUAUUGUGACUUGAUAUUAUCUUUAUAUUAUCAUAAUUUUUUUUUUUUAUGGCAAUGAAUGUUCAAUUUAAACAGUAUUUUUAUACAUUUAUUUUAAGUUAACAAUAUUUACGUUGUACCUAAAAAUAUUUAAUAAUAUAAUUUUACUUUAUAUCGUAUAUAAUAAUUUUAAAAUAUUGAACAGUAUAGUUCAUCCUAAUUGAUCAUAUACUUGAUGGGUUAAACAAAUUAUGUUCAUCUAGCAUGCAUAUAACUAUUCUAUUUAUAAUGUUGAGUGGAAACACUGUUAAUUAUAUUUAAAUAUCACAAUUAAUUUUCUAUUGAAGUUUUUACUAACCUAACCUGAACUUGCAAUUGUUUAUGAAUAAACUAUAAGACUUAGAAUAUAGUGUAUCACUAAUAUAAUGGAUAUAGCCCAUGUUUAAAACUAUAGAUAAACAAAUACAAUAUGCAUGCAAACUAA